UUCCCCUUCACCCAGCAUGUGCAUUCCCCUUGGCUAAAAGCUGCUAGUGAAGAAAGAAAGUCCACCUUUGCUGCAUGUUAGAUGUAGUUUGAUGUUUGUUACUAGUUCAAUGCUAGUAGCAGGAAUGCUAACGUCCCACCCAUCAACGUGUACGUGACUGGUCAUUAAACCCCCAUCAUCGCUUUACGGCAUAAAAAGCUUGUCUCGUUAAAAAAAAAUAUUUUGUGAAUUGUGAGCUGAGAAUGAGCGGGAUUUUGCAUUAAUACAUAGAAACAUUGAAUCGCCCAGCCUUAACAUGAUGUCCCAGGAUGCGUCCAUACAGCUUGUGUGCCUUACAGCCAGCAGUGGUGUUCCCUUAUUCACAAGAGGGGCUUCCAGGCAGCUUCCUUUCUCCAUCAUCGGCUCCCUGAAUGGCGUUCAUAUGUUUGGAAGUGGACAAGGCGUGGUGUUGUCCAGUUGUGAGAGCAAAGGCGGUGGGAGAGUGGUAUGGCGGGUUUUCCAGGACAGCAUGAUGCUUAUUGCCGUAAGCACGGGACGGAGUGCUGACAGCAGCAGGGGGGAGCGUCUUCACCUCCAGCGCCUCCUGGAGAACAUAUGGAGCUGCAUGGUGAUGGUGCUCGGCCAAGACGAGCUGGCCAACAUGAGGAACGUGGAGCGGCUUAAGAAGGACCUGCGCUCGUGCUUCGGCCUCAUCGAUGAGCUGUUAGAGGAGCGGCGCCCUGAGUUCCUAGGCAAUCUGACGCACUGUGCUGACUGUCUGCUCCCCUCGAACCCGGCCCCGCUCCAGGAGGCUUUAGAGGGCUUCACCAAAGCUGCCGAGAGUGAGUUCGGCUGCCUUCUGAUUCAUGGGCGGGUCGCCGCCGCCACGGAGAUGUGGUGGCGCUUAGCCCCGCAGGAAAUUGUCCUGCUUUCAGCUUUGAUCCGAGUUCUUUCAGACUCUGCUGCCGUCUCUUGCGACUGCCCGGUGUUUCUCCCUCAAGGCAGCCCAACCGUGGCUCACCGUCUCCUCCGAUUCCAGCUGCUUCGAGGAAUCGACGUGUGCGUGCUGUGCGGACCUACGCCUUCCCUGCACGACGUAGAGAGCAGCCUGGUGGGUCACUUCUGGUCCCCCCUUGUGGACACUUUGAGAGAUUGCCUCGCUGUCGGAGAGCGCCGCCUUCCCCCAUCCGUCUCGUUACGCCCCGACGUCCUGGCGUUCCUCCUUAUCAAUCGUGAGAACCAUCGCUCUGUCUCCGGCGUGCUCACCCCGUCGAGCAUUCGGCCUAAAGAUGAGCCAACCUUGCCAUCUGGCCCGCGCUGCUGGGAGCUUCUGAAACUUUUCUACAUUUUCUGUGUAACACGCUACUUCAAGCAGGAUGGAACUGAGGCUGCUUUGGAGGACCAGAAGGAGGGGAACACAGAGGACUUUGUUCAUGGAUUCUCUCACCAGCCACUUCAGUGCUAUUUGGUCACAGAUGAGUGUAAAAGUUUUGCACUCCAGACACCGCAACAUCAACUUUUCCUACUUGCACCGCUUACGGCGCCGACAUUUGCCCUCAACAGCAUCGCCAAACAAACUCUCACGAGUAUUACUGCUGCUACUGGUUUUUAAUAGGGGUGUGACAAUAUAUCGAAAUGGUGAUACAGUGCCCUCCAUAAUUAUUGGCACCCCUGGUUAAGAUGUGUUUUUUAGCUUCUAAUAAUUUUUUUAAAAAUUCAAAUAAUAUGGGACCUUAAUGGAAGAAAAGAGAAAAAUCCAACCUUCAAUACAAGUGCAUGUAUCCAGUGGGGAAAAAAUCCCACAUGAAGAAAUAAUUAUUUGACAUCAAAUAAUAUGUGUCACAAUUAUUAGCACCCCUGGUGUUAAUACUUGGUACAACCCCCUUUUGCCAGCAAAACAAGGUCUGGGGACUGAAAUGGCCAUGGGAGGAGCUUGAUUUUGUCUCAUCCUCUGUGGGACCAUGGCCCCCAACAAAAUGUUUAAUGCAUACGAAAUGUGAAUGGCUUCACCUUGCUGGUGUAAAACUGGUCUUUUGGAAGUUGCGCAAGUUGACCCAUUCUUCACAUUUUUUUCCUCCGAGUUUUUGGUUUCAGGAAACGUAUGAAGAAAACAUCCUUCAUAUGUCGUAAUGUCUAGAGUCAUUUCUACAAGUUCCAUAGCAGCAGGGUUUGAUCGGCAUGUUCUUUUUUGAAACAUUACCGGAGAAAAGAAGCAGAAAUAACAUGGAUUGUAUGCGAUGGCGCGUCUGUAACGACCCACAGCGACGUACGGUCUAAAAAUAGCAUUCGUGCGAUACUCUAUUUCAGUUGAAGUUCUUAAUUUUCACAUUUCUUUGGAAAAUCUACAAGUUCCAUAGCAGCAGCAGGGUUUGAUCGGCGUGUUCUUUUUUUUUUUUUGAAAGAUUACUGGAGAAAAGAAGCAGAAAUAACAUGGAUUGUAUGCGAGGGCGUGUCUAUAACGACCCACCGCGACCUACAGUCUAAAAAUAGCAUUCGUGCAGUACUCUAUAUCAGUUGAAGUUCUUAUUUUUCACAUUUCUUUGGAAAACCUUGAAGUUGUUACAUUUAUCAUCGUUAUAGCAUCCAGUGGAAAAUCAAGUAGCCUUAAUAUGUGAAGUCCACGACAUACCUUUUGGGAUACAAAGUAUCACGAAUUACGAUAAAUCAUGAUUUCGAUAGUUUGUCACACCCCUACAGUUUUUUACACUCCAGUUGAGGCACACAACUAAUACAAUUGCACAUCCUGUGGAUUAACACUCAAGGCUGCUAACUCAUUCACUACCAAACAUCAUGUCACAAGACAUUCGUUUUUCAAGAGCCACAGAAUAUUGUGUUCUAUGACUACAUGAACACAGAAUUUACAAAAAGAAAGAUUAUUGUCCCAUCUUACAUCAUAUAAAAAGUUAUGUUUUUACUCUUUCGUUUUUCAUAAACAACAUUGUUUGUGCAUCUUUGGUAGUGAAUGAGUAAACUGUAUUGUUGAUGGAACCUCUUAUAUUUUUCCCAUUGUUUGUGUCCUUUGUUAUCAUUGUCUCUGUACGCUAAGAUACUGUAAUUUCACUAUCAUUUACUAGUUAUUGAAGAUGCACAUUUCAAAAAAGGAGCGGUUUCUUUUUUUUUUUAUCAGCCCCCCUUUUUUAAAAAAUAUAUAUUGACCUGUUUUUUUUGUGAGCCAUAGUUAUUUGUUUUCCAUGCUUGCAUUGUUAAAUAAUUAGUUUUCCAUAUUCAUUCAUUUACCGUAGACGUUGCAAUUUUUUUGUCGUAAUGUGUUUACCGUUUCAAAUAUUGACCAUGAGAAAUGUUGUUUGCAAGCGGCAGAGUAUUGACAACUUCUAAUUCUUUGUUAAUAUAUACUUCAUAUUUAAAUUAAAUGUUUAACUCUGCUGUAGUUUCUUAUGGUUUUGUUGCGCAUUCUUUAAAACUACCAGUAAAAAAACACACGAUUUCUUUGGGCUUGAUUGCCCCACCCAAUUUGUAUCCCCUUUAUUCGAAUUUUUUUUUUUUCAAAUUCAUGCCAUGUCCCUCAUAAUUUAAGUCUAAACAAACUUUUCUUUAACAUAUUCAUUCAUCUGUGUAUAGUAGGGCUGCAGCUAUCGAUGAUUUUAGUAGUCUAUUAAUCAACUAGUUAGUUCGAAUAAUCGAGUAAUUGGAUUAGGAACAUUUUAUGUGUUGCAGAAUAAAUUUUAGCAGAUGUAUAACAAAGGCAUUAAAUGCGAAUACAAAAUAAUAUUCCAGAGUAUUUUUCAACCUAUGCAGAAUUGGCUUUUUAAUGAAAAAUAAAAUACCAGAGCUUAGCCUCAAAUGGUAUGAAAAAAAAAAUGAUGAUUUGGGUACAACAAGAGAACAAUUGGCUAACUUGCAUCGCAAAAGUCCGCUAGCUUAAAUGCUAUAAAAUGAUAACUUUUUUUUAUUUUUUUUAUCACAAUGCUCUUAACAAAUCGUUCAAACAUAUAUUCCCACAAAAAAAAAAAAAUCAUAAAAAGAAACAUAUUUGCUCAAACAAAAAAUUACCUUAUGCUGCUCUUAACAGGGAGCAGCUGGAUUCAGCCAUGUUAAAUGAGUUAUGUCAUAUUCACUGAUGCCACAAGAGGGCAGUGUAUCCGCCCAAAUCAUUAAAAAUAAAUACAAACACUUUCAAAACAAACCACUCGAAUUAAACGAAUACUCAAAGCAGCAAAUUUUGAUUUGAAGCUUUUUUUCUAAUCGAAUUACUCAACUUAAUCGAUUAAUCGUUGCAGCAUUAGUGUAUAGCAUCCAAAUCACUUCUUGUUUGAAGUCGCUAAAGCAUGAACGACAAAGUAAAAAUGCUCCCUUCCAAACGGUAACCACAUAUGCCACAUAUACUAGUCGCAAUAUAAUGACCAGCAAGUGCUAAUUUACGGAUACUAAAGCUUAAAUGUAUUUAUAUUAUUUUUAGUAUGAUCAGUAUGGAUAGACAUAAUAUAGUAUGCUGCUUGUAUAAAAUAAUGUGAAGAGUGUAACGGUAAAAUGCAAAUGCAGGCCAUUGUUUCACUCCGGUGUUUUUUAAAGACGGAAUUAACCUUUGAUUUGUAAUUUGCUCCAUUUUGAAUACGACGUCAAAGAAAUUAUGGUUAUAUUAGAUUGGUUUUGUCAAGAUAAAACCAGCCAAAGCUCAGUCCUAAACCCAACGAAAAUGUAGCAUACAUACAUCAUAGUAUUAAACACCUGGAGAUCUGUUGUAUAGAUGGGUUGGAAAAAAUUAACGACUGACAAAUUAUCAUUAAAUCAUAGUGACGGAGAUAGACCAUUGAAACAGACGGUGAUGGCGGUAGCUGUCCAAUCCAUUUGAACUGAGAGAGGCUUCAGCACUUCAUUUUUAAAUUGUAUUUAUUU